UGGUCUAACACACGACUAAAAAAAUGUAUUUUAAAACUUUUUAUGAAGUUACCCUAAAAUAUUUUUAAGAAGUUAUAACACCAUGAAAACGAGAAUGUCAGCACAUUAAUUAUGAUGGAUACGCAAAUAAUGGAACAAGCUAGGGGUAACCUCGUCAACAAGUCCCUAUAUAACCCAACACACAUUUGCACAUACCUCAACCAAACUACACAUCUAAACUAACCAGAAAGAGGAAGAAUCAGAGCAAAGAAGAUGAUCACGGGAAGUGAAUUCUACAAAGUGAUGUGUGCAAUGGCACCACUCUACUUCGCCAUGUUCGUUGCCUACGGUUCUGUCAAGUGGUGGAAGAUCUUCACGGCGGAGCAAUGCUCUGGAAUCAACCGUUUUGUCUCGGUUUUCGCCGUCCCUAUUCUCUCUUUCCACUUCAUCUCACAAAACAACCCUUACAAAAUGGACAUGAUGUUCAUCAUCGCUGACACUUUGUCUAAAGUCAUGGUCUUCGUUUUGCUCUCGCUAUGGGCCAUUCUCUUCAAGUCUGGUGGUCUCGAUUGGCUCAUCACUCUCUUCUCCGUCGCCACGCUCCCUAACACUCUCGUUAUGGGCAUCCCUUUGCUUCAGGCCAUGUACGGAGAGUACACUCAAAACCUCAUGGUCCAACUCGUUGUCCUUCAAUGCAUCAUUUGGUAUACUCUACUACUCUUCCUCUUUGAACUACGUGCGGCCAGGUUGCUUAUCCGAACCGAGUUUCCGGGUCAAGCAGCCGGGGCAAUCACUAGGAUCCAAGUCGAUGAUGACGUCAUCUCCUUAGACGGCAUGGACCCUCUCCGUACAGAAACUGAAACCGAUAUAAACGGUCGGGUCAGGCUGAGGAUCCGACGGUCCAUAUCAUCCGUACCCGACUCCGUUGUCUCUUCCUCUCUAUGCCUAACCCCUCGAGCCUCGAAUCUUUCUAACGCCGAGAUUUUCUCCGUCAACACUCCUAACCGUUUCUUUAACGGCGGAGGAGGAAGUGGUGCACUUCAGUUUUAUAACGGUAAUAACGAGAUCAUGUUUUGUAACGGUGAUCUAGGCGGUUUCGGUUUUACCCGGCCCGGGUGUGGUGUUAGCCCUAGGAGACUAUCGGGUUAUGCUUCUUCAGAUGCUUACUCGUUGCAGCCGACGCCACGUGCCUCGAACUUCAACGAGCUUGACGUUAACGGAGCCGGUACGCCGGUUUGGAUGAAGUCUCCUGUCGCCGGGAGAAUAUACCGGCAUACAGCGUCGCCAAAGAUGACAUGGGAGUCAGGGCAGAGACAUGUAGCCAAGGAUACUAUCAAUGAUGAUUAUGUAUCAAUUCCAGAGAAGGAGAUCAGCUUCAGAGACGCACUUAGGGCUGCACCACCGCCUACGGCAGCCGGUGUUGCUUGUUCCAUGGAGGAAGGAGCCGCCGGAAAAGAAACAGCUCCGGUUGCUCCUAUUGGCAGGCAAGAAAUGCCAAGUGCCGCUUUGAUGGUGCGGCUCAUACUAACUGUCGUGGGGCGCAAGCUUUCUCGAAACCCCAACACCUAUUCUAGCAUAAUAGGUCUUGUCUGGUCACUUAUAUCCUUCAGAUGGAAUAUAGCGUUGCCAGAUAUUGUUGCGUUUUCGAUAAAGAUAAUAUCAGAUGCAGGUCUUGGAAUGGCCAUGUUUAGUUUAGGUCUAUUCAUGGCGUUACAGCCGAAGAUGAUCACUUGUGGGGUGAAGAAAGCAACAGUGGGGAUGUUGAUUAGGUUCAUCUUAGGUCCCGCUUUCAUGGCUGCUGCUUCAGUUAUCGUUGGAUUGAAAGGUUCUAGGUUACAUGCUGCCAUCGUACAGGCGGCUCUACCGCAAGGAAUAGUUCCGUUCGUGUUUGCGAGGGAGUAUGGUUUGCAUCCAGACUUACUCAGUACAUUGGUUAUCUUUGGUAUGAUAGUAUCUUUACCAGUAACUAUUCUGUAUUACGUGCUGUUGGGCCUAUGAUUCACAAAAACAUUGAAGAAAACAAAUUCACAAUAAAGGGACGUCGAAAUAGAGACUAGUAAAGCUCUAAAGAGUUGUUCUUAAGAGCUUGUGAGAAAGAGUAGCGAUUACAUUCAAAUUAAUGGUCAAUGACCCAAUGGUUAUGGGAACAUAUUAAAUUAUGUGCUUAACUAAUAUUUAACUUUGACCCUAUUGAAGGUACGUGCAUGUGACUAGAUGUUAAGGUUAGAAAUCAAUCGUGAAUAUACGUUUGAUUUCUGUGAGCUGAAUGGUUUUGUGAUGUACAGACACAGUGAAAGCAAGAUUCAUAUAGAAUCAUCAUGAAAAUUUCUUGUCACAAAGUCUAAAAUCAAACCAAAUAUUAUGCAGUAAGAGUUUAUUGCUGGCCAAUGCCCCCAUAGCUACUUAAUUACGUCUUAAACUAUGUAACUAGUUAAAAUUGAGAGAUCCUAUUGAGGUUAAGUGCAUGGUGACUACUGACUAGAACAGGGCCGGGAUUGAGAGAAGGGUGGUGAAACAUUUGAAUGGACCCCCAUUUAAAAAAAAAAAAUCAUUUUGUAUAUAUAUAUAUGUAUCUAAGUUAUAUAAGUGUUAAAUAUAUAAUAAUAAAUAAAAGUAAGAAAACUUCAGUUUAUAAGCAUAGUAAUAAGAUAUCAAACAGAGUUUUGGUUCUAUAAUUUAUAUAUGAAAUUUUAAAUAAAAAAUAAUAUAAGGAAAAUAUAUUUGAUGUUACUAAAUUGUUCUUUGAUUUUUUAAAGGGAUUGAAAACCAAGUUUUUGAUAAAGAAAAAUUCAUAAAUAUUUUAAUAUUUAAAUAAACGUAAAUAAAUAUUUUUUAUUUUGAUUAGGGUCCCCAAAAUUCCAUGGUUCUGGACUAGAUGAUUAGGUUGAGAACUGAGUAUUAUUUACACGUUUGAUUUCUGUGAGCUAAAUGGUUUUAUAUAUGAUGUAUAAUUGAAAGCAAGAUUCAUAUAGGAAUCAUCAUGAAAAUUCUUGUCACAAAGACCAAUAUCAAACCAAAUAAUCUCAAAUUUAUUAUUUAUUUUUACUAUACACUUUUCAAUAAUUAUCAAAUAAUCAAUUCAAUAUUUUUAAUUAAUAUUUUAAAAAUAUACAAAGUAUUGUAAAAUAGAAAAAAUAAUAUUUAUA